AUGCACCCUCACUUGCCGCGCUGGCAGCUGCUGGACUGCGUUCUCGUUUGGCGGCGUCGUCGACAGGAUCAAGACUAUGUGCGACGCCGAUGGCUGAACGGAUCACCGCCUCGUCGUCUCCAAGUUGAGGCUCCGAAUGCAACCCCAAAAGAUACCCUAAGGUAAGUGAGCACCGGAUACGUCCAAUACUGUUCUGCUUAGUUUGCGGGCCUUCGCCUUUGAUUUGAACAAUCAGCGAGCUCAGUGAUUAGAAAAAAUACGGGCCCCAAACUAUAACACCACCAUGAAGACACAGAUGUACUAAAUGCGGAACACUAUCCUUUCCAACGCCUUAGACAUCCUCGGCCAGGCACCUCACCAAGUCCAUGAUUUCUUUGAAAACAGCGGCGGAAAUAUCCACAGUCCGCACGUCAAGAAGGAAAGACUGCACAUAGCAUGUGCCAAAUGUCGUGCAGGCACAGGUAAAGCUGCUUUGUAUAGCAACGACUGCUGAAGAGGCAAGACGCCCGGUGAAUCGCAAGACGAAGGAAAUCCAAAUGCAUUCGGGCCGCAAUCAAGCGAAGAACCUCUUUGCCUUCAUCAAGGCAGUCAACGAUUCCUGGAUCGAAGGAACCACGCCAUCGCUCAGCCCCGACGAAAAAACACUCUAGACAGGGAAACCGCAGAUUCUGAAACGCUGGACCGAGGAGCUCAAAAAUGUUCUUAAAGUCGCAUCCACCUUCUUCGAAAGCGCUAUCAACUGUCUCCUUCAUGUGAAAAUUAAUAACGACAUAGACAUCCCACAUCCACAUUCAGAGCCGGGCACCACCUGUGGAGCAGGAAAACCCUGGGAUCCGACGUGAUCCCCGGCAGAUGGACAAACUUACAAUGGUAUUCCAAAAGAUGUGGCAAUGAGGGCAAUUUCCUUAGCCUUUCAAGGGCUAGACAAUCGUCCAGCUCUACAAGCGGAAGGGAAACCGGCAUGUCUGUGAUAACUGCAGAGGCAUAUUUCUUCCCAACCUCGCCGCGAAGAUCUUUGCUCGUAUCCCCCUCAACCGUCAAGAAGCUAUGUGGUUUCCGACGUCACCUCAGAAUCGACAACAUGACCUCUACAGUCACCAGCUGCAAGUGAAAUACCAGGAACUGCGGACUCACCUCUACACUACCUCUGUGGACCUGACUAAGGCACUCGACACGGAGAAUCGCGGUAUACUAUGGAAAAUCAUGCAGAAAUUCAGCUCUCAUGAAAAGGUUCACACACAUGGCGCGUCAGCUCAAUGACGGGAUGGUGACACGCGUCACAGGCAAUGGGACCGUCUCAUAAAUAUAUGCAGGACUGUGUACCCGCUCCCACCUCCUCAGUCUCCUGUGAUGCGUCAUGCUGGUUGACGCUUACCGUGAUAAGCACCUUAGGGUCAGCAUCGUCUACAGGACCGACAGCCAUUAUCUCAAUAGUCGGCGUAUGCGGGCCCCAACGCGUUUCUCCACGACUGCUGUCCACGAUCUACUGUUCGCGAACGACUGCGCGAUCGACUCAGCGGCAGAAGCAGAUUUGCAACGGCUGCCCCAAUUGCUGACCGACUAUUCACAUGGACAAGGCGGUGGUCGCGCAUUAACGGCUACCUAAUGUUGCGCACAAUGAUUCUCGCUUCCAAGUCAAAGACACCCGAAUGAAACCGUGAAAAACUUCGCCUACGUGGGCAGGACACUCUCAAGAGGCAUCAAAAUGACAGUGAGGUGGGCCAGCAGAUCUCCAAAGCCAACCAUGCCAUCAGCCGGCUGCAGGACGUUGCAUAGAAUUGACACGGUCUUCACAUCAAUGCCAAGCUCAAGAUGCACAAAGCUGCUACCUUGACGGUACUGAUGUACGCGCGGAGACCUGGGCAGUCUGCAAGAAAUAUGCACGGAACCUCAAUCACCUCCACGCCGGUUGUCUCCGGAGGACACUUAGGCUGAGGUGACAGAACAGGACUCCUGACACAGAAAUCUUGGAGCGCACCGGAAUUCUCAGCAUCCACACCAGGCUGAGGCAACUGCCAAUGCCAUGGAGCGGCCACCCCGUGAGGACAGGCGAUGAGCGGUUACCAAAACAACUCUUCUGGGGCGAUGUAGCUGUGGAUGCUCGUCGACAACAGGAACACCAACAAUGCUACACGAACGCUCGUGGAUAAAUCUCUGGACCUUUUUUUAACACACCGCAUGGCCUGAGGAAACCCCGCCCAGGAUCGGCCGCUAUGGAUAUGGACGAUAAAGACAGGAGUGGCAACCUAUGUGACCCACCGGAUCGCCGUUGCCAAGGCUGAAAGAGCAGUUGGCAAGUUUCAAAUGCCUCGAAUCAACAACGUCAACACCUAACUCCUUCCAACAUGACUGCGCUGUCAAAAACAUUUCGCUUAGGGAUUGGCCUCGUGCGGACCCAGGAAAACGAUGAGCCCAAAAUCUCAUCCACUGCUUCCGCAAGCACCCCUAUUGUCACUUCUACAUCAACCGCUACGGAUCCAGCAACGACCACCCGCAUAAUUGGUGGUCACACCCCUGAUCCCCGCCGUCGCCGAUCACUGCCACUCGAUCGUUCCUUCCUCAACCUCUGCAACGACGACGACGACUACCACCUCCCCAAAUGCCGUCACUGA